AUGAAAGAGCGUGCGGUUUUCCCGUUUUUUCUUUGGCUUUUGGGAACACCUUGCGUGGAAGUUCUUGGAUGGAAUGAUUUUAGCCCAAAUGCUAUAUUACCAUUUUCGAAACGCGACUCAAAUGAGUGCGUAACAUCUUCGGGAUCGAAUUCCACGUACUGUGAAUCCUUAUCGAAUGGUUUUUAUGAAUAUCCCUACAACUGCAACGCAUAUAUAUCAUGCCAUGAUUCUUGUGCUGAUUUGGAGUACUGUCCCGACGGAAAGCUCUUCAACAAUCCUCUGCAAAUUUGCGACACACCAGGGACCGUUGACUGCGAACCGUUGCCAUAUCCAACACCUUCACCUUCACCCACAGAAUCUCCACCGGAAGAUCCGUGUUUGGGCAUAAGUAACAACACCUUACUGCCCUCCUCUGAAAACUGUAAUGAGUUUUACGUGUGCGUGAAUCACCUAAGUACAGUUUAUCAGUGCCCCGGUGGGAUGCUUUUCAAUCCGGAUUUGAAUAUCUGUGACGAUAAGGAUAAUGUGUGGUGCUAUGGUGACCGUACUACGCAAGAUGCGUGGGAUACCACAACGCCUGCUGCGGAGUCCUUUACCAAGUGCGGGGAUCAGAAUCAGGGAACUACCUUUCCGGACCCUCAAAACUGUGAGCAAUACUAUUACUGCUGGGGCAACAACUCUUACACAAUAUUUCCAUGCCCCGUUGACAAUUGGUUUAGCCCGAGCAGCGGCAACUGCGGUCCCGAUAUAUCACCCGAAGCUUGCCGAGAAAUCGCUCCAACCUCGACACCAACUAUUAACACAACUGUUGAGCCAACAUCGCCGGAAGACAGUGGUGGUAAUCCAUGUGCCGAUCAAGAACUGGGUGCCAGCUUUCCCAUAAAAUCCGACUGCCAGUCGUACCUGCUCUGCCUCAAUAAUGGUGAAUCAACGAUUGCGAAAUGCAUGGCGAAUUCCUGGUUCGAUCCAAAAACUGGGGAAUGUGGUCCAAAUGUAUCAGCCACCGCUUGUCUUGAAUCCUUCGAAACUACCACGAAUGCGCCAACAACACAAGCUCCGAAAGAUCCUUGUGCCGAUCAAGAACUGGGAGCCUCGUACCCACUCGCCACAAACUGUCAGCAGUAUAUUCUCUGCAUGGGAAACGGAGAGUCCACCAUUGCCAAUUGCAUUUAUAACGCCUGGUUCGAUCCGCAAACCGGAAAUUGUGGCCCUGAUGUUUCUCCGACUGCGUGUAAGGAAUCUGGAGUUACCACCGCAUCCCCCACAAGUCAAGCCACCUCGCCACUCACAACACCUACUUCAAAUACCGAGGAAACAACCACCAAUCCUCCGGAUAUUUCAGGCAUUUGUUCUGGGGAGAGUGAUGGUUAUUAUGCCACCUAUCCCGAGGUGUGCAACAAAUACAUAGUGUGCGCCAGUCCUGUACCCAUUGCAUUUUACUGUCCGGCGAGCUUGUUUUUUAACGAGGCUCUGCAGAGAUGCGUAGAGUGGGAUUCUAGCGAUUGCUCAAAUGGAGAGACCACAACAUCAGCGCCUGGACUCACAACUCCUAGCCCCGACACUCCAAUAUGUUCCAAUAACACCGGCCUUAAUUUGCCCUACCAAGACAAUUGCCAAUGGUAUAUUUAUUGCACAGACGACGACUCCUACAUGAUGGGUAUAUGCAGCAUGGACGAAUAUUUCGAUCCGUGGACUGGGCAAUGUGGUUCUGGUGUUUCGCCCGAGGCAUGUCGUGAAAUCAAAACAACAUCCCCUGCAGUCACAGGUACCACAGAAGGACCAACCACAGUAACAACAGCAAGUACUCCAGGUUCACAACCAAAUCCAUGCGAUGGAGCUCCUGCGGGAAAGCUAGUUCCCUAUCCGGAUGACUGCACCAGGUUUAUACAAUGUAUUCAGCCCGUUCCCAUCGUUUAUAACUGUCACGAGGGUCAGGAAUUCAGUGCCGCUCUGGAAAGAUGUAUGGCUCCGUGGUACGCAAACUGUUCCAUUCCAGCCACAACAAUCCCUCCCGUAACUACUCCCACAACCACAACAACCACCAUAAAGCCAUCGCCGGAUGGUAUUUGUGCGGAUAAGGCCGAAGGAUCACUGGUGCCCUAUCCCGGCAAUUGUAGCAAGUACAUAGCUUGUGACUACCCCAUUCCGGUGGGUUAUGCCUGCCCGGCGGGAGAAGAAUUCAAUCCCACGAUUCUCACAUGUACGGAUCCUCAGCUGGCGGGCUGCAAUCCAAGUGCUUUGCACAUCUUACCGAAAUCUAAAUCACAUGUUUCAAGCUUUUCCAUAUGGCAGUCCUUAAAAGCGAUGGCUGGUUUUGUUACAGAUUUGUAA